AUGAUCGGAACAUAUCACACCCUCCCCCUCCCACUAUCCCCGCAAGUGCCUUGUAUUCCCUGUACCACCGAUUCCCUGCGAGUACCGUACCGGCACCGGUACAAGUACUACUCGUGCAGGACGAACAAGCGGGACUAGUAUGGCCACCUUACAGCAGCUGCAGACGACGUGUCUGAGCCUUCUCUUCUCAACGCAAGCACACCCCGUUGGAUUCGCAAAAUUAUCCAUAAAGCCUGAGACCAGCCUAUCCGACGAGAAAGAGGAGCAUCUCUUGGGCCUCUAUGACAAACUCCAGAAGGUAUGUCUCGAAAGGCGUAUACUCGAAGCCGAGAUGUCGGGGGUUGGGAUUGAAGGUGGUUUCCCCUCCCCCCCCCUUUAUUUUCUUUUUCCCCCUCUUUCUUCGCUUCUCUCUUGCACUCCCCCCCCCCCUCCCUUCCUCCUACUUUUUUCCCACACACAUGCCCGGGCAUUCAAUGAUUGGUCCUAUGUCUAACAAGCGUUUGGGAUCAUGCAAGACGCAGAUGACGACCUCUCGAUCGAGGAGCAGUUCCGCAAUGCGGAAGCGGAACUGUUGGUGAGUAGGGCGAAUUCGGUAAUGAAAGGAAAAAUCGUCGAGACAACAUUGGCUACACAGCCAGUGCUUCGAGCAGUCCACUUGAGCUCCAGAAGCACGGCGAAGGAACGGUAGUGCCCCCUCCUUUCUACUACAGCAAGGUAUGACUCCCACCUACUCUGUGCUUUGGGCUGAAAUCUGGUUCAAUCUACUAGUGCCUUAUCACCGCUUAUCCUCCGCCGGGACGUCCUCUCGGUCACUCACGCUAACCUCUCGCACGUCCUCGGCACUAGCCUGGAGGCAUUGUCGAAGUUACAGGCAUCCAACACGAAUGCUCAGGUCCUCAACAGGCGGUUGACUGCGAGACUGCUCACGCUCAGCGAGAAGCAGAAGAAGGCGAGGGAUGCAGUGGCACAGGACGACCAAGGAUACAGAGAUGCUGAGGAGGCGCUCCGGGAGGCGAGGAUUAAAUGGGAGGUCAUGAGAAACGCGGUGCAAGCGAUUAUAGUGGGGAGUGGAGUGGACUGGGUUGGCGAUAAGAAGCUUAGGGAUACGGUUCUGUCCUGCGGCGAGGAGCUGGAAUCGACUUGAUCCUUCCAUUCUUCAUUUUUUUUUUCACUCUUUUCCUUUUUUUCACUGCCUUCCAUCUGCUUCUCGACUUAGAGGUUAUUUAUUUAUCCAUGCGGUGUGGUUAUUGUUCCGCGCUAUGCGGCCCAACCCGCGCGACUGUAUCCGUAUCUCGAUGACGCGCAGGAGGUCUUCCGGCGGUGCAGCCCUUCACCUGGGACACUGACACAUCAAGAGAAAAUGGCGUUUUGGAAGGCUCGGUAGCUGUAUUCCAAUCCUGUACGGUACCUUGCGUUUUCUCUUUUUCUCUUUUUUCCUUUUUCUUCCUUUCAACGAGCACUACUCGUACUGUGUGACAGUAUCGCAACCCUACAAUCCAAUCAAAAAAAAAAGGCUUCCACGGCAUACCGGUAUCAUAUUCAAAAAAAGACAACUUCACCCCACCCACCGGUCGCAUAUACUUUACUUGCUUCAGGUACAACCCCGCUGCGGGUAUGAUACUACUCGAGUACAAUUUUCCCUUGCGAACCUCCCACACAACUCCCACCGUGCCCCCCCGGACAAGCUGCACUACGAGUAAUCACUUAUGCACAUGCCGUAUGCCGGCGGUAACAGUACCCUACGAGUGCUCCACCCAACCCGCCGACCAGUCCGGCAACCAACCAAAAGCAAAGCGAUCAACAUCUAAUAUCAUACCCCCCUCAAAGGUGAAAAGCCCUGAGGGGCCCGCAAUGCACGAGCCCCGUACAGCACUCGAGCGCUGCACCACACUUCAACCAGUGCACAAUACGAGCAUCAUGAUAAUAAUACAAUACCAAUGCUGUAUGAUACUCGAGCAUAAUAAUAAUAAUAAUAAUGAUGAUGAUAAUGAUAGCCCCAGAUCCAAUACCGGUACCGUACCGCACUGUAAAAAAUAGUGGGAGGAAAAAAAAAGCAAAAAAGGAAAAGGAAAAGGGUAAAAAAAAUUUAAAAAAAAAGAAGGGGAAAAGGAAGGAAGGAAAAGCAAGAGCCAGCAACGUAGCUGCUAAUGUCCUAGUACAUUACCACCGUACCGUACCGCAAUGCGUGUGAUCCAUGGGAUGGGGCACAACAUGACAUUGAAGCACCUCGUUGACCUCCGAUAUACCGGUCAGUUUCAUUGGGGGAGGGCACCGUACCGUACUUGUACGGUACAUAACCGGAGGGACGGGCCGUGCUCGCUCGGCCGCGUUGAAGGGGAGAGAGAGGUGGGGGAGAGGCUGGAAUCGAGAUUCCCAUCAUAAUAUCAUGGUUUCCCCGUCUUGAAAUCCGGCCACGCUCGCAGGUGGGGCCCGGGAUUAUAGUGCGUUCAUGUCAC